GUCAGCGUCUCAAGCCUCGUCACUCCAAGUCUUUGAAGACGCUCUUAGUUUCGCAGAGGUCAAUAUGGACACAAUCUACUCGAAACAGACACAUCCGCAUCACGAAAUGUCUCAAGCAGAACGAAUUCACCUGCAGGCAUCUCAGUAUGAGAUGGCAAUGCAGAGAAGACCUGUAAGCACAGCAAGGCAAGCUUUCCUCAACUGUGCAGCACGUCGGCAAUCGAUGAAUCUUAGGUUGAAUGUUUCAGACAUGAACGGGUACUCUCCUGUCCACUGCAGCCCGUCGGUCCCUCAGACCACAAGUUCGAUGCGGCGUUCGCACAGCACCUGUUUUCUAGAAUGCGAAUCUGUUCUAUAGUAAUCGUUUAUUGAUUGAUGGAGGGA